AAGAAAAAAAGGCGAGAAAGGAUGGAUGUGGCAGUUGAUGAUGGCGGAAGCAAUGCGGCUCGAAAUUCAGAGUUGAGUGUUUCCAACUUCCAUCUCUUUCGUCAAAUUCUCAAACGCCAUUGAUACUCCUCUCCACAUUUUUACAUGACCUCCCCGCCUCUCUCUCCCAAUCCCAAACCCCAUCUUCAUCUAUAAAUUUCCCCUUUUUCCAACUUAAUCAUGCUUCUCCUUUUCUUCCCAUUUCCCUUUACUUCCAGGUCCAACUGAAUUGCUCGUGUAAUGCAAAGUACACUUUCUGCAUCUCUCUUUGUUAUUUUUAUCGAGUUAGAUGAAGACCUUUCUCAUGUGUUUUUCAGUCUUGCAAGUCUCCAGAUGCAGAAUUCACACCUUAGCUAACUUUUGGCACGAAAGCUUUCACAGCUUACAUAGGACAUGUAGAAACAAAUCUAGCUUUAGGUUGGUAGGUUCCAAAGCCAAUGGGACUGAAGGAGGAUACAGCAGACGAUGGAUUAAAAGACCUGUAAGUACAAAAACAGAAGGAACAGAUAAAACCACUCGAAACAGAACUAAAUCAACCAGUAUCAGGCAUGAAAUUUUGGAUGAAACGGUUUCAACUAGUGUGAAUAUAAAGAAGAAUGAAAUAAUCGAACUCCAAAAAACUCAAUACUGCAGUAGCCAACAAAAGAUCCCUGAGAAUGGUGAUUUGGCUGAGCUUGUGACAGUUAUUGUCUUUGAUCUUGAGACUACUGGCUUUAGUAGAGAGAAUGAACGAAUUAUUGAGAUUGCACUGCAAGAUCUUCAGGGAGGUGAAAACAGCACUUUUCAGACACUAGUAAAUCCUGAUCGCUACGUUCCUAAUUCAAAUAUUCAUGGCAUCACAACCCAUAUGGUCUGCAGACCUGGUAUUCCAAGGAUGGAAGAGCUGAUACCUAUACUACUGCAGUAUAUCAGAAGCCGUCAAAAACCUGGUGGCUAUGUACUGUUAGUGGCUCACAAUGCUCGAACUUUUGAUGUACCUUUUUUGACUAAUGAAUUUAACAGAUGUGGUGUUGAUAUUCCAUCUAAUUGGCUAUUUGUGGACACGGUUCCUCUAGCACGCGAAUGGAUGAAAUCUGAAGGAGUAAAACUUUCUUCCCGUGUAUCCCUGGCAACACUUCGCGAUAAAUUUGGAAUUAAGCUGACUGGAACAGCUCACCGAGCAAUGUCGGAUGUGAAGACAUUAUCAGUAGUUUUUCAGAGGCUGACUUUCGAGCUGAAACUGACACUUCGUAGCUUAGUGGCAAAGUCCUUCACAGCCUCGGAUCUGGACAAUGUAAAGAAAAAGAAUUCAACCUAGUUUGAAAUUCUAAUGUGUUCAUUGUAACUUGCAACUCAUUCUUGUCAAAAUAUGCUCAAGCCAUUAUUUUCAGCAGUUAUGGUUUCCCCAUUCCAUAUUUGGGUGGGAAACACAGGAAAAGGGAUGUAAUAACAGAUAUGUAAUUUAAUCCAGGAUAGAUGUGAAUGCAAUAUUCAAUAUUAUUAAA